AUGAGUAUGAAGUCGCAAUGUAUAUUAAAUCUUCUCCUUGUUUGAGUUGAGAGGGGAUGGUUGGCAUGACCAUGAGGAUGACCAUGACCAACGUAUUCCUAAAGCCCCAUCUCAUUCCCCUUCCGUCAAAAUUCUUGUUCCCUAACACAUUCAAACCCUCCUUUGCUCAUACCCUUACAACAACUUUCUUAAUCCCACAUUUCUCCACAACCCCUCUCUCCUACGGACCCUCCCUCCGCAAAGGUACCAUACCCUCCCACUCCCAAUCCCAAUCCCAAUCAUCGCAAAAUCAAAACGAUGCCGUCCUCCGGGAAGAAGCCUUCACCCGCGUCUUCCUCCUCGCCGCCCUCCGUGUCCCCUCCGCCGAAUGCUCCGCCCUCGAAAGCCAACUCCGCGGCCACCUCCUCAACUGGCCCCGCGUCCGCAACAUCGCUCGCGUCCCCGGCGAUGACCUCGACCCUACCCUCGCUCCUCUCUUACCUCAGCCAAUUAGCGGUGACCACGAAUUCGAAAACGAAGAAGAAAGAACUCUCGUCUCGGUGCAGCGCCGGAUCCAUGGCAAGGCCGACGGAGAUGGCGACGUUCUGAGUCCCGUUCUGUACCGCGACAAACUCGCAAGGACGUUCAACUCGCGCGGAUUCGUGAAGUUCCGCAACCUCGCGAAGAUUUCGCGGCCGAACAGGAAUAAGAAGAGGAAGAAGAGGAAGGAGGGGAUGGAAGUGGAAGACGGUAGGCGCGUGGGGCAGAACGGUUUUGCCGUGGUUGAGGUUGUUGAGGAGGAAGAAGAAGAUAGUGUUGGUAUGAGGAAGUUGCUGGGAGAAGAAUUUGUCAGUAGCAAGUGGAGGGGCUCGACGAGGUUGCUGCUUCUGGACGAACGCUUCGCGGGUCGCGGUGUGGAGGAGUUGCCUGAGGCAAUUAAGGCUGUUUUGAAGGAGUAUGCAGAAAAGAAUACAAUGUUGACCCUUGAGCUAGUUAGAUGCAAGCUGACACUAUUCUAUGAUUACUGGCAGAUGACCGAGGUUUUGGAGACCUUGCUGCCUGAGGGUAUGAUUGUUCCUUCAGCUUUUGAGUCUGUUGGUCAUAUAGCACAUUUAAAUUUGAGGGAAGAACAUUUACCAUACAAGAGGCUAAUAGCAAAGGUUGUGCUGGAUAAAAAUAGGCCAAAGAUACAAUCGGUUGUAAACAAGAUUGAUUCCAUUCAAAAUGAGUACAGGACUAUGCAGCUCGAGGUUUUAGCAGGGAACCACUCUCUUGUGACUACAGUAGUUGAGAAUGGACUUCGCUUUCAGGUUGACUUAGCAACAGUAUAUUGGAGUUCUAGGCUUGGAACUGAAAGACAAAGGCUUCUAAGUGGUUUCACACGGAAAGAUGUUGUCUGUGAUGUUUUCUCGGGAGUUGGUCCCUUAGCCAUAUCUGCUGCGAGGAUAGUUAAGCGUGUUUUUGCUAAUGACUUAAAUCCAUAUGCAGUUGAGUAUCUGGAAAGAAAUAGUGUUUUAAAUAAACUUGAGAAGAAGAUUAAGGUUUUCAACAUGGACGGAAGAAGGUUCAUUAAGUCUCUUUAUGCCAGUGAUGUUUCUCAGUCCAUCACGCAAGUGGUUAUGAACUUGCCAAGUGAAGCUGCAGAAUUUCUAGAUGCAUUUCGGGGAAUAUACAAAAAUAGACCCAAGGAUGGGGAAUAUACUUUUCCAAUGAUCCAUGUUUAUGGAUUCUCCAAAGCGCGAGAUCCAGAAUUUGAUUUUCACGAGAGAAUAAGAAUUGCGCUGGUAGAAGUAGCAGUCAACGUAGACGUGCGACGGCUAACGGGGUCCACUGCAUCUCUAUUCUCUCUCAUCUUGGGUGUGGCCCCAUGCUUCUUGACAUGUCUCCUCUCAGACCUCAAUUGAAGUACAGGCAGGUCCAGCACAACUACCAGGUGACAGUGACAUUUUCAUGCAUCCAAAAAAACACGCCCUUUCUGUUCUACAAUGAAUGCUCUCUCAAGCACUCACUCAAUUUUUUGAUCCUGUGAUCCCUGGAUGGUCCGGAUAACACUAGCCGGCCGGCCCAGGCAGCACAAAUGCUAUUCUACGAUCCUGUUCCUUUCAUAAAAAUCUUGUGUGAUACAUGUACUAUAUAUAUCCAACCCUAUGUAUUAUGUUUGUACUCCCUGUCCACUAUGCGGUUGGUUGUGCGAAGGAGAAAAGUGUCCAUUGCGAUGGUAGGUGAGGGUAGAAUGGUAAAAUGGGAGGAUGAAAGCAGAGCAAAUCUCAGUUCAGAUUGAGAUCUAAAUAAUGAUCUCCGUGGGGUGGUCCUUCCCUUGUGAUUGUCUUAUUGGUAUGGAUAUGUGAGGGAAAUGGGAAUCGGAGUUGUAGGGGAGGGAUCUCUUGCAAUUUUGUACUAAAAUGGAUUGGUCCUUCACAAGUUGCAUAAAGCCAGAACCAACAGUUACUCUAACUGCUCCAUUCCUUUAUGGUAAUCUCUACAAACAAACAAUCUGUAUUAGUUGCUUACCUCCUCCACUUCUCUCCCUCUCCCUCGUUAAACCACCCCCUUUUGUAGCUAAAAAACAACAAGGGGAAGCCUCAUUUCAGAUGCUGGAUUCCUCUAUAUUUAUGAAAUAAAGUAUGGUUAUAUCUCUA